AUGAUUUUGCAUGAAAAAUAUGUCUAUUUAAUUAUUCAUCAAGCACGUUCUAUACUUAAAACAUUACCAAAUGUCAAUCAUAUUAAUUUAUCUAAUUUACAUCAUAUAUAUAUUAUUGGUGAUCUGCAUGGACAAUUGGCUGAUCUAUUACAUAUAUUUAAUUUAAAUGGACUACCUGCAGCUGAUAAUUCAUAUAUUUUUAAUGGAGAUUUUGUUGAUCGAGGUCCAAAAUCAAUUGAAAUUAUGCUUUUACUUCUAACUGCUAUUAUACUCUAUCCAAGUUCAGUAUUUCUUAAUCGAGGUAAUCAUGAAGACAUAAUGAUAACAGCUCAAUAUGGUUUUCAAGAGGAAAUUAAUAACAAAUAUCCAGUUCGUUUAUAA